UGCAGCAAGCCCCUGAGCAUGUGCAGAAAUGUUGUCAUCAGUUCCACCCAGAAAGACUUGGUGGAAAUCGAAAACAGUAAAAGUCACAAGAUCCUAUCCAACUUUCUCUUCCCUGAACGCCUGGGAAGAAUUCAGGGGCCUCUUGCCUGUGGAUGGAGAACCAACCCCUGGAGUGGGCCUGGGUGUGGAGGAGGGACUGCUCUGCCAGAUGGUUCACUCUCCAGAGUUCAACCUGUUUCCUGACUCCGUGGUGUUUGAAAGCAACUUUGUCCAGGUCAAAAAGGGCAGGAACUGGAUCGACAUCUACAAAGCCUCCUACACCAUGGCCCUCGGGGUGACCUCCUCCGUGCCCUGCCUGCCCCUUCCCAACAUCCUCCUCAUGGCCCGCGUCAAAUGGCACCGGGGGCAGAGCCAGACGUGGAACAGACCAUCUACAGCCCCAAACAUCAUCCUGAAGAGGAUACUCCCAUUGAAGUUCGUGGAGCUCCAAGUCUGUGACCAGCUCCAACGCAUCCUGCGGUUGAGGACGGUCACAGAGAAGAUCUACUAUCUGAGACUCCACUCUGACCAUCCUGAGACUGUCUUCCACUUCUGGAUCCGACUCGUUCAAAUUCUGCAGAAGGGCCUGUCCAUCACCACCAAAGACCCUAGGAUUCUUAUCACUCACUGUCUGGUGCCCAAGAGCAGCUGCAGCCUCUCAGGAGACUCCAAGGAACCUCUCGAUCCUGAAAGUCUUGUGAGAAGACAUGACGAAGGAGAAUCAACUGAACACACCACAAUGGCGGAGGAGGAGCUCAAGUCUUCUUUGUUAGUACAGAAGAAACCUCAAGCCUCCCAGCCCAGCGAUAGCCUCAUGCAGUUGAUGGCCAAGGGGGAGAGCGAGGCCCUCUCUCAGAUUUUUGCUGACUUGCACCAGCACAACCGGUUCAGUUCCAGGAGAAGCAAAAAGACCAAGACCAAAAAGGACAGCUCAGAGAAAGAUAAUUCCAGUGAAGACAGCAUUCCGUGCACCCGCGACCUCAGUUGGAGGGAUUCCUUCACCUAUGGAGAGUGGGAAAGAGAGAACCCCUCUGGGCCGCAGCCCCUCUCACUCCUCAGCACUUUGGCAGCCUCCACGAGGCCACAGCUGGCCCUGUUCUUAGGAAAUUCUAUUUGAGCCACCCUUUCACACUGGGGAGAAUGGAAGCAGCCCUCGCCAAUACCACUCUGCAGCAUUCAACUUUCUGAGGGACUCUGUCUGGAUGGAGAGAAGGAGAAAGCUGCAACCAAGGGAAAACUAGCAUCAUCUCAUGCUGAUAGCAUAGCCUUUCCUUGGAGACCCAUUGGGGAGCACAGCUUCCAGAUGAAAAGCAUUAUCCAGCACGUGACUCUGUGACCUCCUCACCUCCUUUCCGCCACCAGGCAGGCACAAGAAGCCAUGCUCUCGGAAGGGCCAGGACCGAGAGAAAGAGAAAAGGAAGGAAAGGGAGGCAGGAUCAGCGGAGAGGUGGAAGAGAACAAAAUGGAGGUGAAGAGGAAGGUGGGGGGAGGAAGUCAGAAAAGACGGGAGAGAAGGAGAGGUGGUAAGAGAAGGAAACAGGAGAGACUUGGGAGAGAGAAGAAAUAGACCUCUGAGAGAUGCCUCACCAAGCUUCUAUUUAUCUCAUUUAAAACUUGAA